CAUUGCAAACGUAUUUUACAGUAUUUUUACAUAUAUACUUCCCUUAUAUCUUUUGUGAAAUGACGCCAUAGCAAAAUCCACUUCUAAAAACUACUGUUUUAUCAAUUUAUUAAUCGAGUUCCCAUUCCCUUGGCGGUUUUAUAGUCAUCCAAACCACCUAUAUAUAUAUAUAUAUAUAUAUACAUAUGGGGCCGGCCGUAUCGUUAUGCUUAUGUUUUACGACUCUCUCAUUUCAGAGGAAUCAGAAUAGUACAACUUUUGAACUUCAUUUCCACAGACAAAAGGGGAGAAAAAUGGAGAAGAAGUGGUGCUUAAUAUUCUCCGUCUUCAUCUUCUUCUUUCCUCAACUUCUCCUACGGUUAGACGCGUCGCCGGAAUAUACCCGUCAACCUCUCCGGCCGAUGAUCUCUGCCGAACACGAGGGAUCAGAAUCUGACCCUCAGCAGGUUCACAUAUCACUAGUAGGGAAGGACAGCAUGAGGGUGUCAUGGGUUACCUCCGACCACCACGUGCCGUCGACGGUGGAGUACGGCACGACACCGGGCAAAUACGAAGCAUCGGCCACCGGAGUACAGACAAAGUACACCUACUUCUUCUACACCUCCGGGAAGAUCCACCACGUCGUGAUCGGCCCCUUGCAGCCCCGGACAACUUAUUACUACAGGUGCGGCGGUUCAGGCCCUGAGUUCAGCUUCAGGACGCCACCUUCCACCUUGCCUAUUGAGUUUGUUGUUGUCGGAGACCUGGGGCAGACUGAAUGGACUGCAUCAACCCUAGCACACAUUGGUGCAGUGGAUUACGACGUACUUCUGUUACCCGGAGAUCUCUCUUACGCCGACACCCAACAACCCCUCUGGGACUCAUUCGGGCGCUUGGUCCAGCCCUACGCGAGCAAACGGCCAUGGAUGGUGACAGAAGGCAAUCACGAAGUCGAGAUCUUCCCUAUCAUCUACCCGGAAGGCUUCAAGGCCUACAAUGCACGGUGGCCUAUGCCGUACGGGGAGAGUGGGUCCACAUCAAACCUGUACUAUUCCUUCGAUGUCGCGGGGACGCACAUUAUCAUGCUGGGCUCGUAUACAGGUUUCAACGCCCAAUCGGACCAGUACAAGUGGCUCUUAGCCGACUUGGCGGGAGUUGAUAGGACCGUAACACCGUGGCUCAUCGUUUUGAAUCACGCACCGUGGUAUAACUCAAACGAGGCCCACAAAGGUGAAGGCGAGAGUAUGCGGAAAGCUAUGGAGGAAUUGUUGUAUCUUGCACGAGUUGACGUGGUUUAUUCUGGUCACGUUCAUGCAUAUGAACGAUUUACAAGGGUUUAUAACAACAAAGCAGAUCCCUGUGGACCAGUAUAUAUAACCAUCGGUGAUGGUGGGAACAGAGAAGGCCUUGCCAUGUCGUUUGAGAAGCCGAGUCCUCGAAUAUCACUGUACCGAGAGCCGAGCUUUGGGCACGGGCGGCUGAGGAUAUUGAACAACACGCAUGCCUACUGGGCAUGGCACCGUAACAACGAAUCCAAUUCCCACGUGGGCGACGAGCUGUGGUUAGAAUCCUUGAGCUCGCCCGGAUCAGCUUGCGAGCUUCCGGUUUCAAAAGGGCAAGGAUGUUCAGCCACAGGUGAUGAACUUUGAGCUUAGAAAACAUGUGGAUGCAUGCAAGCAGCUCUGUCCUCUGUUUUGGUUUGGUUGGGAAAGUUUCCGUAUGUAGCAUCAUCAUCAUUCCUGUAGUAUCUUUGAUUUUGUAUAGAAUAAAACAGGUAACGCUAGACUGUGACAUAGUUUUCAUUGCAGAUCAAUGAACUUAUUUGCUCUCUC